AUGCUAGAGGUUCGGCCAGGAUUUCGGCACGGCGGCUCUUCCCUCGAGGCGACCAUCAAGAGUUGCGGGAGGAUCAAGCAAUGGAACGCAGCGCUGCAGCUCUUCCUCGAAGCGUCCCGACUACGUUCGACGGCCACCCCGGGACAGUACCUUGCAACCGUCGGCGCAUGCGGCAAAGGUAGGCAGUGGCAGCGGGCCCUUGCACUGCUCGCCGAGAUGUGGGAGGCGAAGCUGGAGCCGAACGUUGUCGGCUACAGCGCUGGCAUCAGUGCGUGCGAGAAGGGCGAGCAAUGGCAGCGGGCUCUGACGCUGCUCGCCGAGAUGCGGGUGGAGAAGCUGGAACCCGACUCAGCUACAAUGCUGGGAUCAGCGCGUGCGAGAAAGGCGAGGAGUGUCAGCGGGCCUUGA